UAUAAUAACGGCAGAACUUAAACAAUAAUAAAUAUUACAAACUAAAAAGAAACAUUAUUAUUGUGUUUAGAGACUGACUCUCGUGUACGAACUCUUGUGCACUACGGAACGAUAUCAAACAAACAACAUUCAUUCAUAUUCCGCCAUAUAUACGACGUACGGGCAUCGUGGAGGCGACGCAGGAGAGUAUAGCGAGCGCUCAGUUUUACAGAAGGGGCGAGUGAGUGAUUAAAAUGCUUUGUCACAUGUGACACACAGAAACAAAUUGAAUAGUUAGGUACAAAUUUUUCGUGUAUGUUGCUUGAUGAUCACGUUGAUGAUGAUGAUUGAACCGUCAAACAUUCUCUUAUCAUGCAACAGUUUAGUCGUCGUCGUACGGGAAAUGCAACAAUGAGACAUGCUUUUUUAAAUUGCUUGGUUUGAAUUAAUCGGAAAAUUAAACUGAAAAAUAAUAAAAAAUAUUAAAAAAAUAUUAAGAACCAAUAAAAAAAAUUAAUUAAAAAUGUCACUUCACGAAUCUUUACAAGCUCUGUCUGGUUCGCCCAGUUACGGGCACAGUUAUAGUCCAUCGCCGAGAUCCAGCAGUGUGAAUGCCGCCCAAAUCUCCAAAUCGAAUAAUAAUAAUAAUAACAAUAACAACAACAACAAUAGUAAUACCAGUAGUAGUAGUAACGGACAAGCCCAGCAAUUUUGCUUGCGUUGGAAUAAUUAUCAGACAAAUUUGACGAGCGUCUUCGAUCAGCUGCUCCAAAGUGAGUCCUUUGUCGAUGUUACGCUCGCCUGCGAUGGGCAUUCCAUAAAAGCGCACAAGAUGGUCCUUUCGGCAUGCAGCCCGUACUUUCAAACGUUGUUCUUCGACAAUCCCUGCCAACAUCCCAUCAUCAUAAUGCGCGACAUCAAAUGGGCCGAACUCAAGGCAGCUGUCGAAUUCAUGUACAAAGGCGAAAUAAACGUCUCCCAAGAGCAAAUCGGACCCUUGCUCAAAGUUGCUGAAAUGCUGAAAAUUCGCGGAUUAGCUGAAGUCAAUAGUGAUCAGGAACUUACCGCGGAAAUUCCCGAAACGAUGGCAAGUACGGCUUUCGCCACGGAAGAAACUGUCGUCAAAAAGGCACGUUUAACGAAGGAAUGUCAAGAAAGUCCCGUUGAGACGCAGGCACGUGACACAAAUAUCAUACCAAAGAUGCGGAAACGUCGAUGGCCAUCGGGCGAUUGUUCGAGCUCCAUCGAAUCGCCGAGUAACAGUGUGCAGGAAAAUAUGGAGCCUCCAUCGCCGAUUCCCUCGGGCGGGGGUAUUCCUCCCCCGAAUGCCAUUUCUGUGGGUGCAGCGAUUUCGCCAGCAUUUCCGGGCACGCCAACGCAACUAGAAGCUGUCGGAGCAAUUCCAAUGGUGCAUGACGACAUGGAAAUCAAACCGGGCAUCGCUGAAAUGAUACGAGAGGAAGAAAGGGCUAAAUUAUUAGAAAAUUCGCAAGCAUGGCUUGGUGCGCCAUCAUCAUCGAUUGCAGGUGAUAGUUAUCAAUACCAAUUACAGUCGAUGUGGCAAAAAUGUUGGAACAGUCAAAACCUAAUUCAUCAUUUGCGGUUUCGUGAAAGGGGUCCCUUGAAGUCGUGGCGCCCCGAAACGAUGGCCGAAGCGAUUUUCAGCGUGCUCAAGGAAGGAUUGUCGUUGUCGCAGGCCGCACGGAAGUUUGAUAUUCCGUAUCCGACGUUUGUGUUGUAUGCGAAUCGCGUGCAUAACAUGCUUGGGCCGUCAAUUGAUGGCGGAACAGAUUUGCGUCCGAAAGGGAGGGGAAGACCGCAGCGGAUAUUGCUCGGGAUCUGGCCAGAUGAACAUAUCAAGGGGGUUAUUAAGAGUGUCGUGUUUCGGGAUGCCAAAGAUUUGAAGGAGGAGCAGAUGGCGAUGUAUGGGAGGGCUUCGCCCUUUCCAUUCCAAGACGCCGCUUUGGGUUAUCCGCCAUCCACAAACGGUCUCGGAUCCCAAAUGAUGAGCGGUGCCGAUCCGUUGUCUUCUGAUGCCGUAACCGCUGCAAUGUCUGCCGUUCGUCAACAAAUGUGCAAUAUGGUAGCUGCGGCGCAACAACAUCAACAACAUCCGGAAGGUAACAACGUCAUUGGGGGCUUUCACUUGCCCUCGCACUUGUCCGUUCAUCCAAAUAUCAGUAUACCAAAGUUAGGAUCGCCGCCGGAAACUUUAACGCCGAGCAAAUCAUCCACGCCGCAACACAUCGGUUCGCCGCCAAAUCUUAGCCAUAUCCAUUCGCAGUCGCAGCAGCAGCAGCAAUCGCAGCAACAACAAUCCCACAAAAGUAACCAGAAUUUCAGUAGCAGCGAUGCUCGCGACGAUUUGUGUCACGCUACGGCGCUGAGUAUUACGCGACUCGCGACAUCGCCGUCGAACGAUGCGCACGACUUACGAAUUAUUUCGCCCGAAGUGAGCCCACCAACGUCGCCAUCGACACUGCUUGAGGCGCGACGCGAAAGCGCAAGCGGCGAACAUUACAGAGGUCAUCAUUUUUCGUCCAGCAACACAGAUCGCGAUACGCCAAAGAAAAAUUCGCAAUCGCCGUCGUCAUCAUCGCUCGUUGACUCGUACAAAGAUACGCCGAUUAAAAUUGAGGCGGAUUGUCGUGGCGAAUAGAAAAUGCGUGUUAUGUGUCUUUUUCACAAAUAAGUUUUAAAAUGAACACAAAAAAUAGUAUUUCGCAACAAGGAUUGAAGAAUACCUCAUUAAUUUUAACUUAAGUUUUAAAAAUUUUGCUAGCCAAAAAGUUAUUUAUUAGUUUCUUUUAACAA